UUGAAUUUCAACAGUCGCUGUUAUUACAUAUAGACGUAAUUUUUUGUGUUACAAUAACGUUAUAUGAAAUUUUUCAAUUGUAUACAAAUUUUGAGAAAUAUAGAAAAAUGAAGUGUGACAUAUGUGGAAUUUCCGACAAAAAAUACAAAUGUCCUGUUUGUCUGAUAAAUUAUUGUUCAAAAGAAUGUUUUGGAAAACAUAAGGAGAAAUGCAGUAAGGAAAUCAGUGAAUCAAAAGGUCCUGAAUUGAAGAAACCUCGUGUUUCUGUUUCUGCCCCAAAAGAAAGUAUUAACUUGGAAGUACCUGAUGAAAAAUUAGAAUUGUUAGGUCAGUCUGAAGAACUCAAAGAUUUGCUUAAAAAUCAACAUCUACGAAAAUUGCUCAAAAUUGUUGAUGGAAGUAAAGAUCCUGAAAAAAUUAUGCAAAUGGCAAUGUUAGAGCCUUUAUUCGUAGAAUACGUAGAUGUUUGUAUGAGUUUAGUUAAUGAAGAAUCCUCGUAAGCAGAUAUGGAUUUCACCAAAAACUGAAUACCCUAAAGAAGAGAAGAUUGAAAAGAAAACACUUGAGGAAGUCUUGAAUAUAUCAUAUGAUGUUUCUCGAUUUCAAAAGGUUAAUCGGAAGUUGUUAGAUUUGUUGCAGAAAAUUUGUGCCGAGUAUCCAUUAAAAUGGAUUCUGAUGACGAUGCUUCAAAUUUUGGGAGAUGUGUUUUAAGAAUGAAUAAAUAAUAUUAAAAUAAGAUUCUGAUCAUUAUUCUGAAUUUUAAUUUUUUUUUUAUCCUGUAAUAAUUUGAUAGGGAUGUCAAAUUCCAUUUUUUUUUCAAAUUAUAUCAAUUUUUGUUGAAAUAUAAAUAUUUAAAUAUA